UCUUUGUUGUGGUUCUUGUUGUUGUUGUUUAAUUCUCCAUGUUUAGAGAGGUCUGUGUUUUUGAGAGAGCCAUGGAUUUAGCCCCAGCAGCUCCCAUCCCUACUACUAAUAACACUAAAUCCCCCGACCCCGACACUGAUAAUGCUCCCACAACCAUUCCGCCGCCUUCCGCUAAAUCGCCGCCCUUCACCAACGGCCUUCUCAAGCGCCACCACGCUCAACAACACCCUCCGCUUGUUACUUACAAAGAAUGUCUCAAAAACCACGCCGCCACUUUAGGAGCUCAUGCCUUAGACGGAUGUGGGGAAUUUAUGCCCUCUCCUUCUGCCACUCCUAACGAUCCCACUUCGCUUAAGUGCGCUGCGUGUGGCUGUCACCGGAAUUUCCACCGCCGGGACCCUGAGGAACCAAUCUCCACUUUGGCGAUUAAUUCCGCUCCGACUCAUGUCAUUGAGUAUCAGCCGCACCAUCGCCAUCACCCGCCUCCUCCGCCGUUGGCUGGCAAUUGGAGUCCGAAUUCUGCAUCGCCGCCGCCGAUCUCGUCGUCGUAUUACCCUUCCGCGCCACAUAUGUUAUUGGCGCUUUCAGCUGGGUUGUCCGGUCCUCCGCCGGAAAACGCACAGCGGAGCCCAAAUGGACGGAAACGAUUCAGAACAAAAUUCAGCAACGAACAAAAGGAGAAAAUGUUGGAUUUAGCGGAACGAGUUGGAUGGAAAAUGCAGAAGAGAGACGAAGAUUUGGUUCGAGAUUUCUGCAAUGAAAUCGGAAUUGAAAGAGGGGUUCUCAAAGUAUGGAUGCACAACAACAAGAACACCAUGGGAAAAAAGACCGACACCAAUGGCGCCACUACCACCACCCCCACCGCCACCGCCACCGCCGCCGCCGCCGUCAACAACAACGAAGACAGAGCAGAUGCGGGUUUACAUAUGCAUAUUGGCUCAAAUGGGUCAUCUUCUUCCUCUUGAUCUACUGCUCUGUUUCACAAGUAAUUAAGAAUAAAACUGCAUCAUCCUCAUCAUUAGCUGAUAUAGAAAUCCAAGCUAGGUAGCUCUGUUUUUUUUUUUUUCCCCCCCUUUGAAAUUUUCAUUUUAGCUUAGUGUUUAAUUGAAUCAAUUAAUGAGAAGACCACCCUGUUUGGAGUGGAUUAUAACAUGAAAUUAGUGAUUAAAUGCAUUAAUCAUUAAUUAACUCCA